UUGAAUAUAAUUUGACACUGUCAAGGGGAGGGAAAACAGGGAGCCAAAACCGCUAAUAUCAACAAUUCUCUCAAAGACUGCAGACCUGACGUUUACUACAGAUAACAGUUUGAUAAAGAUACUUUUUAAAAGAGACGUUGUUGUAUUAACGUGGGGCUGAAAGUCUCGAAUUUCAAAAGGAGAAGAGGAGCACUAGAAGGGAACGAUGUCGGGAACCGGAGAAUUCCAAGCACAGAUAGCCUCAAUCAUGGAGGUACUGGCUAAUGCAGCCGUAGCCGAAAUUUGCAAAGUUGUGGAUGAUGGCUACGCUGUCGUUCACCUGGAGAUGUCUCAGAGUCACAAAGAGAACGAAUUCCUUCGCAGAAAAAUUAAACUAUUAGAGCUACAAAUUGCAAGGUUUCGAACGGAGAGGAUGAAGUUUUCAGAGGGGUCUGUCAGCAAUCGGUUUGGGGUUCGCCUGCUCAACAGACCCUUACGGGAUACACAGGCAUCAGGACCAUCUUUUCAGGGCAGAGAGAGAUCUGUGAGCAGGACCAGUGCAGGAAGAGAUAGGAGUCCUUUUCAUCUGAACCAGGAUCCAGCCUCAAACUGUGAUGUUGAGGCAAAAAAUGAGACAACAGGCCCAAAGCAGGAGGAGGAACUGGACCUGCUUAUCGUGAAGGUGGAGGGGGCGACGGGAGUGGACGACCCUGCCUCAAGCAGGGACUCAGAGCGGCCACCGGGGGGCGACAGAGGGCUCAGUCCUCCUUCCACAACCGGGCAGUGGGACGGCGCUGCCGGACGCAACCUAACGGAGGGCCUGGCGAGCGAUGCAGGCGAGGAGCACAGACCAGAGGAGCACAGACCAGAGGAGCACAGACCAGAGGAGCAGAGACCAGAGAACGGGAGGAAGGAGGACGGUGGAGACGGUGGCGUUCACCUUCACGCAGAGGUCAAAUCUGAGGUCAAAUCUGAGGUCAUCGUGAUCGACACACUUCCUGUGGGAGGGGCUGAUGUCAGCGGUGACGUCACCCCCUCGUCUCUGUGGAGCCCCGGGGACUCGGGCCAGAACCCGGUGCAUCAUGUGAGUCAGAGCGGAGCCUAUCACGGCCGGUCGUACGGCUACGACCCUCGCUUCCAGAACACCGCCGCCCCGGUCGGCAUGCCAACGGGGGAACAGCCCCCGGCGUGGGCGGGGCUUCAGGAGAACCCCACUGGCCUGUCUCCCCCCUCGGGCCACGCCCCCAAUCCCUCCGCCCCCCUGGGGCCGGACCCCCGCCCCUACAAGUGUGCCUUCUGCCUGCGCCAGUACCCCCACCAGUGCCAGCUGCGCAUCCACGAGCGCGUGCACACCGGGGAGAAACCCUACCAGUGCUCUCAGUGUGGGAAGCAGUUUGGCCAGUUCUGCAGCCUGAAGAGGCACCAGCGCGUCCACACCGGGGAGAAACCGUACCAGUGCUCCCAGUGCGGCAAGCAGUUCUCCCACUCCAACAACCUGAAGGUGCACCAGAGCGUUCACACCGGGGAGAAACGCUUCCACUGCAGCCAGUGUGGGAAGAACUUCUCGUUCCUCAGCAACCUGAUCAGGCACCAGGCGGUGCACGCCGCCGGGAAGUGACGAGGCCACGCGGUCGUCAUGACGAUGAAACACAGGCCGACGGAGAUCUGGUUCUAAGGGAAGUGAGGUUAUUGUGGCCUUCAACCGACGCCGGUUAUCUUAACAGACUUGGUUACUGAAGUUCCCUUUCGUCAUUGGACUGGUCCAGUUUUAGACGUGUGUUAGUGAGUGGUAGUUUUAUUCCUGAUUGAAAUACAUGGUUGCUUUCACCAUAUAGUACAAAGUAAAUAAUCUACCUGCUAUUUACUGUGUAUAUGAAGUGACGAUGCACUAACGUGAGUUGAAUUGUGUCCAUCGAUGAAUAUGCAGUGUACUGUGAUCAUGUUUGACAGUUAAACUGUUUUAAAACAUAAGGUCAUUUUGACUGAUGGUUUAUGUUGGAGUGUCUGUCCUGUG